AUGCAGUGCCUCCUGCGCCGCGCGCGCAUCACCACCACCUCUCUCCCCCAUCCAUCUCGCUUCCUCAGCAGCACGCCCCCGAUCCUGCAAAAGUCCAUGCCUUCGCGCCCCAAGCCUCCGCCCGACAGCGACCUCGAAGAGUCGUACCUCAAAGGCAGCGGGCCCGGCGGACAAAAAAUCAACAAAACCAACUCUGCGGUGCAGCUCAAGCACAUACCCACCGGCAUCGUCGUCAAGUCGCAGGCCACGCGCUCGCGGGCGCAGAACCGCAAGCACGCGCGCGAGAUCCUCGCCCAGCGCCUCGACGACCUGCAGAAUGGCGAGCAGAGCCGCGCCGGCAUCGUCGGCGCCGUCAGGAAGAAGAGGGCCGACAGCGCGGCCAAGAAGAGCAGGCGCAAGUACAAGAAGCUGGAAGAUGAAAAGACGGCGGCGGCGCAAGAGCAAGGAGAAGAGGCAGGGCAAGCAGGCACUGCAUCUCUAGAUAGCACUGGUAAAGCGGGAGAACGGUCAAGUCAGACUACCGCAAUGAACACGUCGGCGGAAAAAGGCAACCCGUUGCAAACAAGCUUCGAUACAGCACCAAGCACGUCGAUAAGGUCUACGACCGGAUCAUAG